GACAGUUGGACACACGGCUCCUGGCGAGACUGCGGUGCGGCUUGUCCGAGUGUUCGGAUACUCGUUUAAUCGAAGGAACUGUGUAUAAACGAGGAAGAAAUCGGAGGAGGAAGGCCUCUGGAGCAAGGAACAUGGAGUGACCAGCAGCAGAAAAGUGGACAAAGUGACAGGCGAUAGCCACAAAACAACACAGCCGAAAGAGGAAAGCAGGGCCAGUUGACAGGAGCUCAGCCAAUAAAAGCCAACCAAACUCAGUCUGGGCCAAAUUUGGACACACAGAUGCAAAAAGGCGGCGGAGGAAGCCACCAGCAACAGCAACCGCAGCAAAACAAAACUGAAAACGGAAAAGUUGCUCUGGAACAGACUGCUGGAGGGGAUUGAGGGGGCAGCCAGCGGAAGCCGAGGCUGAAAAGUUCCCAAAUUUGGCAGACAGAACAGACCCCUUUCUGGCCAUCUCGUUCCCACUUCCAGCCGGAACAGUUAGCAGCAGCUGGAAUUUGAUUUUAACGCUUAUUCGAGAGCUUGGGAUCUGUUCUGGUCCUGAGUCUCUGUUUGUGGCACCAGCCACUGACAACCAUCACCGAGGCAGGAGCAACUGGCAGCCGAAUUAAACUCAGCACCAGGAAACUUCACCCCGGAAACCCAGCCCCAACUCCCCCUGAAAGCUACGCAUCAAUGGCAACACAUUGAGAUUGGCUGUCAAAGGGGAGCAUCCGGACGAAGUGGAGCUGUGGAAACUGUGGAAAUGUUCGCCACUUGCGGCGACACAUGCUCUGACAAUUUAUUGACUCCUCGCGGCACCCACUAAACAAACAAACCACGCGCCACCAUGGAACUCCUUCCUCUGAAGCCGCCCCUCCUGAUCCUGCUCCUAUGCCUAACCAUUUCCACUUCGGUCAGCGGCUAUCUGAACAUUUUCAUCAGCCACCACGAGGUGAUGAAACUGAUGGUUUCCCGAGUGCUGGCCAAAAACUUUGCGCCAUGAAAAGUCAUUUGCCAACCAUUGGCGAGACGUGCGAUUCUCGUGGCUGCCAAAUUCUUGGGGACUUCCGGCAGGGAGGAGUGCCAGGAGGAGUGCCAGGGGGAGCACCAGGAGGAGGUGCAGCUGGAGGAUCCCUGGCGGGGGAAUGUGUCGCGGUUUGUCAGCUUGGCGCGUCGCCCCAAUGAUGGAGUGCGGCAUUGUUGCAUUUUAAUUGAAAUUUCUUUGUGGACUUGGCGCGACAAAGCAGCAACAACAACAACCGCUAACGAGUGCACAGAAUGAUGGCAAAUAAAAGCAAACAAGCGAACAACAAACAACCAGAAACAUGGCGAAACACUGUGCCAAUGCCAAAGUGGCAAUACAUAAUAAUGAAUGAAUAAAGCGGGCAAAGCAAUAACACCAGCGGGAAUCUCUGUGACAUAUACCCUAGAAAUCAUGUGGGGUAUGCUUACUAUAUCGAUGAUUUUGCGACAUUUCCCCAAGAUUAAAUUCAUUUGUUUUACUGAAUAUCACCCCAUUUUCCAACGGAAAUUAUGUCUAUUUGUGAUUGUGGCAAUUUGAAAACACUUAACUUAUUUAAAAUUUAUUAAUAAUCGCAGCCAAAGCAGACCGCUUCGAGUACCUAGUUAGAUUAGAGGCCAAAUUACUUUGGUACACCUGUCCGUUUUGUGACGAUUCUAGUAGGUAUCGCUGCUGAAGUACUUACUGAUUUAACAAUCGCCAGUGACAACUCGAAAGAUUGUCCAAUCAGGCAUUUUCAAUGUUAUUACCUAUCUAGUGACUAAUAUCAAGACUGAUUGUCGUUGGCGGUUCUUAUCACUGGCUAAUUCGCAUGUAAAGGGCUUCCUCAUUCGCUGACAAACCCCCAAUAACACUUUAACUAGCAUGACGAACAAAGUGGUAGUAUUUCUACUGUGCGGAAUUGUGAUCAUCAGUGCCGGGAAUCCGAAUAGCGACGAUGUUAUACCGCAGUUUCGGAAUGUCAAGCAACUUAGGUCCUUGGGCAUCGAAUUUUCCGAAUACUUUCGGAAUAUUUCACUGCACGAUUUAGGCGACCUGGAGUCCCAGUUUUCGAGUGAAGAGGAUCAGCUGUGCUUCAGCGAUAUGAAGGCGCUGAUGACAGGACUUGGAAGUGCUGAGUACUGGGCGUUGAAGAUGAUCGAUGCCUGGGGCUCCAUUCCAUCGGGUCUACUCACCGGCAAUUCGUACGACCUGGGAAACUUUGACGAGUGCCUGAACAUCAGAAAGGAGAUCAUCGACCAGAAGAGAACUAUUCAAGGGAAGUACUGCUUCCUCUCGGUAUCUCCUGCCAAAAUACUGAGGAUCGAAAGAAACAUCGGUAGCUUCAGAACAGCCACUUGCUUUCCUGCAUCCUGCUCGGCGGUCAACAUGAAUGCGUUUGUGGAUCAACUGAUGAAGAAGUUACUCAAUGUCAGUGUUCCCAGCUCAGCCAUGAGAAUCAGCGAAGGCAGCUGCCAGACCAGUGAUAGUGAGCCCUGGGAUGGACUCACCAUUUUUAUGAUAGUUAUUUUAUCCGUAAUGUGUUUCAUAGUGACAUUAUUUACUCUGUGGGACUACUUUCUAGUCAAAGAUCAGGCUCAACUGCCGGCCAUUGUGAAGGUUUUUUCAGCUCGGGCCAAUUCUCGAGCCCUAUUUCGCGUUGUAGAAAGCCAUUCGAAUCCGAAUGUAAUCGACUGCCUUCAUGGAAUUCGAUGCAUGUCCCUGAUUUGGGUGAUUACCUGCCAUCAGUACCCAGCGACUCUUAUUUCGCCACACAUCAAUUUGUUCAGUGCCGCAAUGUGGGUGGGAAAACCAUUUGCCAGUUUCAUUCUGCAUGGCUUCAUAUCCGUGGACUCGUUUCUAGUGAUUGGCGGCUUGUUAGUGGCUUUGAUUCCAUUGCGAUUAAUGGAUAAGACGAAAGGCAAACUUAAUGUGCUAAUGAUGUAUUUACAUCGCCUAAUCCGCAUCGCUCCACUUCUGGCAAUGGCCAUAGUGGUCCACAUGAAGCUGAUGCCCUUGAUAUCAAGUGGACCACUCUUUGUAGGUGGUUACAUAGGAAACGCGGCUUGCAAGGCUGGUUGGUAUUGGACUUUGCUCUUCGUGAAUAACUACACAGAUGUCAUGUGCCUAGCUCAAUCCUGGUAUCUGUCGAUGGACAUGCAGCUGUACAUCAUCUCGCCGAUCCUGUUGAUCUCCCUCUACAAAUGGGGCAAGAAAGCAGCUGCUGGUAUCUUCAUUCUCAUAAUUUUACUUACCGCCUGUCUAUUUGCCACCCUGAUGGUCAAUGGAUAUACAAUGAUGAUCACGACUGCCUCGUCAGAAGCCAUGCGAGAUGGGUACUAUGCAACCCAUACUCAUGCUACACCCUGGCUGAUAGGAUUCCUCUUCGGAUACUUCCUGCAUCUGAACAGGGGGAAAAAGUUCCAGCUCAGCUGGGUGUCCGUGUGGUCAGGAUGGAUCCUCUGUCUGGCCAUGAUCUUCACAUCGAUCUUUGCCCUGUAUCCGCCGUCCAAGUGGUCUGGACCUGACGCGUCCACCUUGGCGGAGUCUUUAUACUACACUUUAACCAGAGUGGGCUGGGCCUUGGCCCUUUGCUGGGUAAUCUUCGCCUGCGUUCAGGGAUACGGAGGACUGGCCAAUAGUUUCCUCGCCUCUCCGCUAUGGCAACCACUCUCCAGGCUUUCGUAUUCCGUUUUUAUAUGGCACAUGUUCUUCAUGGAGAUGAACGCACGGAUUACCAGAACGAGCACUUACUUCUCGGAUUACGGAAUGAUGCUUAACUUCUGGUCGACCUUAGGGUUCACCUUGCUGUUUUCCUAUGCAUUGCAUCUGCUCAUUGAGGCACCAAUUGGCGGACUUGACAUUUUCCUGAGGCCAAAGGGAAAGAGCCCUCCUAUCGAAAAACAGACAUCUCAUACUGAUGAUAAGGAGCCUAGGGACCCAGAAAAACUACUGGAACCUACAACUUCAACUGUAGAUUAGUUAAAUAAUAACAUCCGGAUUCUGGUAACUAAGAUAACACAUUUCAUUUGAAUGCACCCAAGAAGGCUUCAAAUCACAAGUGCCUUUUAAAAUCGGAGUAAUCUUCUACUUAAUGAAUCAAUUUUUAAUCAAGUUUAUUAUCUCACUGUGAUCGUCACUUGAAUAGUUUACUUACUUACUUGACUUGGUUAAUCGCAUUGAGUGGCCGACAGGAAAUUAUUAGUGUUUUUGUUAUUCUUUUUUUAUUAAAUGUAGAUAGACUUAGAAAUACUUGCCGGUAUCAACUUGGUUGCCAUGUAUUUCCUACAUCUUAUUUCAAAUAACUAUUUCUGAAAGGGUAUUUCAAAGUCGUGGUGGCUUGCUCGAACAGUCACAUCAACUUUUUGGGGUCGAGGCUCGAAAUCCGUCGCAUUUUUGCGGCUCAACGCAAAUAUAAUAAUAAAUUUUGCAUAUUGCCGUGGCUAUUAUUUUUCAUAAAUGAAACUGUUGUCAAUGGCUGGGCCGCAUUCACCGCCUACUGAUGUCCUUUAAUGGUUAUUUUUGUUGUUGUCUAUGCCUUUGUUGGUCCUGUUUUUAUGCGCAUCCUGUUGCCUUUUUGUCACCGUUUAUUGUUUUUUGUUUUGCCUGACCAAGGUUAUGGGGGG